UAUAUUUACUGUUAGUCAUCACCACUAUUACGGUCGAUUAACCUGAAACUGAAAGAGGCGCAAAACCCCCCUCUCUCUCUCUAGGGUUUUAUUCCCGAUCCUGCAUCAUUUUAGUUGCUGAAAGAAAUGAGCUUGCUUUUAAGAUUAAGGCAUCAUUUAUCUAAUGGGUUUUACUGCAGAUCUCAGAUUGUCACUCUCAAUGCUUUUGGCUCUUCAAUCAGGAAUUUUAACCAGCCUGCAAAGCUAGAACAAGACGAAGAGGACGAAGAAGUUGAGAUUGAUCAACGAAGACUCCCAGCUGACUAUGAUCCUUCUAAUUUUGAUCCCACCGAACACCGCAGUCCCCCAACUGAGCGUGUCUGGAGACUCGUUGAUGAAAUUUCUGGCCUUACUUUGUCUGAAAUUUCCGAGUUAGGCUCUAUUAUAAUGAAGAAGCGAGGAAUGAUUGAGCCGCCGACUGUGGGAGUCAUGAAGGCUGGUGCUGCUGCCGGCCUGGCAAUGAAGACGGCUGGUGGCGGGGCGGCAGCUGCGGCAAAGGAAGAGAAAAAGCCAGAUAAGACUGUUUUUGAAUUGAAGUUGGAGUCAUAUGAAGCUGCUUCGAAGAUUAAAGUAAUAAAGGAGGUUAGGAGUUUUACUGAUUUGGGUCUCAAGGAAGCUAAGGACUUGGUUGAGAAGACGCCGUCUGUCUUGAAGAAGGGUGUCUCCAAGGAAGAAGGUGAACAAAUAAUUGAGAAGAUGAAGGCUCUUGGUGCCAAAGUUGUUUUGGAAUGAACAUUUGACAGGUAUUUUUGGUUUAUACCAGACCAUGUAUUCUUGCUGAUACUUAACCUUUGCUUAAUUGCUUGCAUAUCUUUACAUUACCAGCUUAAGUUUGAACUUGGAAUUAAUUAUUGCCCAAAUUUUACUCUCUUAUCAAAGUUGGAACGGAAAAUUACUCCA